UCUCGCGAGACUGGUCGCGGCUGCCAUCAGCGGGCAGGUGGGGCGCGAACGCCGGAGAGGACAGUGGCUGCAGCCCGGGUCUGCAACACCAUCACCGCUCGGCCAUGUCAGCUCACGCCCCUCUCAAAGGGAUUUUGAAGAACAGGAAGGCAGCGCCGUACCAACAUAAUUCGGCUCUAGAUCUGUCUGUCGAGGAAGAGGAGGAGUACAAUAAAAAGACACAAAAAUGGGAUGAAAUGAACAUUCUUGCCACUUAUCAUCCAGAAGGAAAGGAUUAUGGGUUAAUGAAAAUCGAUGAACCCAGUACACCAUACAACAGGAUAAUAGGAGGUGAUGAUGAUGAUGAAGCUGCAAUGAGUGACUCUGAGUCAAAUAUAAAUAUUACUGCAGAAAUACUAGCUAAAAAGUUGACAGCAGCUGAGGGAAUUAAUCCUAAAAUCUUAGAACCAAAGGAAGAAAGUAGUGAAGAAGAGGAAGAAUUAACACCAGAAGAACAAGAAAACAAGAAACAGUUUGAAAUGAAGAGGAAAAUGCACUAUAAUGAAGGCAUGAAUAUCAAACUAGCAAGACAGUUAAUAGCCAAGGAACUUGAAGAUGAAGAUGAGGAUGACUUGAAAGAAUCCCCAGACUUAAAGGACUUUGAAGAUGAUACAGAUGAAGAACUUUCUGAAAGUGAAGAUCCAGAAUCAUAGAACAAAGCCAUUCUUGAACUCUGACACAAAAUAUUCCAGUUGACAGCAUUAGCCAUCAUAAGUUUUUAACUUAUUGAUAUGCUGUUGUGUUUUGUGGACAGUUGAACUUAAAUUCAGAGAAGAGAAGUUUCAUCUGUGCAGUCAGAAUUUGGCAGUUCAUGUAUUUCUACAGUAAUGUAAAUAAAAUAUUUUUGAGAGGUGGGCAGUAGGUUGCCAGUCUGCCUGUAUUUUUGCGUUUGCGCUAGAAUUGGAUCACUGAUGAAACACUUUUCUGGAAAUUGCAAUAGUAGUAUAUUUAUUGCUUGGUGCAUAAUACAGAACAUAUUUCAGCUCCAUACUUUGAUUGCUUGACAUAUUUCCAUAUGUGUGAUAUUUGUCGAUAGGUUAAGUUCCUAUUGAUACCUGUGUGGUAUAGUUUUGUUUGCUGUUUAUUUUGAUAAUUGAUUACCAGUUCUAGUUUGUAACUUUUUUUUGAUUUGGCAAUGGAGCUUGCCUUUUGAAAAGAGUUCAAAGAGGAAGUCUUGACUGGGGAUUAUCUUUCUUUGUUAAGAUAAUUUCAAUGCUGCUGAUGGUGUAAGUUAAAACAAUUGAUAGUUGAUGGUAGCAAAGGUACUGUGGCCCUGUUUUUUUUUUAAGGAAUCUUAUCAAUUGACAGGUGUAAAAUAUUUUAAAAGCGCCAGCACCAACAAUAAAUGCACCUAUAAUUUGCUGUGGGUCAGUCUGUAAAACAAAUGUCCUAACAAAGUUGUUUGAUCAUCUAUUGUAAUAAACUGUUUGCAUCAGGGAAUGAAAGGGGUGAAAAGCUACAUGUUUAUGAUCUAAAUGAUGGCGUAGUUCUUGGUAAAAUUGUGCUGUAUAUAUCUCCACAAAUUUUGAUUUAAGAAAUGCAUUGGAUUUGGUUUUGAGUGGCACAUGGUUAUAAAGCUUUGAAAGGAAACCAUUUCUAUCAUUGAAACAAGACUAAAUGUUUUAAUUUCAUAGUUGAGUCUAGUUUCUGUGAGAUGGAAUGUGUAAUUGAGGUGAAUUUUCUUUAAGUGUGUAUCACAAUCUGAAUGUUAGUAAAUGUAACAUUUAACAAGUAAUUGGUUUUGCAUGUCUCAACUAAUUAUCAUGUCUUUUAUUUCAGCAUGACAAACUAGGUUUCCAUGACCUUUACACGGAAUUGUGCUACUUUCAGUGUAUGAAAGCUAUUCCUGUUAUUUGAAUGGAGACAUAAAAUAAAAAGUGUAAUCACUUUGUGUAGGUAGAUGAAGAUUAUAUUGCCUGGUUUAUUUGAGGGGCUGUUAUUCCUUUUCCACAUAGCACUCCUUGUAUUCAAGGUUACAUAAUGAUGAUGAUAUUUUUGGUAAAGUUCAAUAAUCCCCAGUGUCCUAUAAUUGCAGAAGACAAAUUUCAAGAGUUUCAUUGCAAGCUUAUGGUACUAGAUCAGUGGAAAUAAACAGUCACUAAAUAAUGUGAUUACUGAAGAGAGAAUUGUAUCAAACUUCAGUUACACAGAAAUAUGCAAUCUGAUCUAAAAUGUAAUCAGUUUUGUCAACAAAGUCAAGGAGAACCAAGGAAGAUUGCAAACGGGACCAAAAUAACUGCAAUAUAUUUUAAUAUAGUGCUUGUAAAGAUUGCUUCCAAUAAAUAUUUCAAAAUAUU